AUGGCCUCAGGGGCUUUUGAGCCGCUACUCUUGCCCAAUGGGACAUGGCUCAAGAAUCGAAUCGGCAAGGCAGCCAUGGAGGAGAAAAUGUCCGAUGUCCAAAGACACUGCCAGCCGUCGCCGGGGCUGUUGGGACUGUACAGCGCCUGGGGCAAGGGUGGUGCUGGCUUGAUAUUGAGCGGGAACAUCAUGCUCGAUCCCACUGCCAUGUCGUGUCCGGGCGACGUGCUUCUUGCGCCCGAUGUCGAGCCCCUGGACGAAAGCCGCUGGCGGGAAUGGGUCCAGGCGACACGCAGCGGAGGAGCGCAGUUCUGGUUCCAGCUCAACCACCCCGGGCGACAAAUCAAAAAGGGCGCAGGGCUUCCCGUCUACGCGCCGUCGGCCGUCAAAAUGGACAUGGGAUCCUUCAGCAACAUGUUCCAAACGCCGAUUGCCAUGACCGAGGCGCAGAUUCACGACGUCAUCUCCCGGUUUACGUGGGCAGCCGAGAAGGCCGAACAGCUGGGUGCCGACGGUGUCGAGAUCCAUGCUGCUCAUGGCUACCUCAUCUCGCAGUUCCUGUCGCCCCUCUCCAACAGGCGGACUGAUCAAUGGGGAGGUCCUCUGGAGAAUCGUGCGCGGCUGUUGUUCGAGGUGGUCAAGUCUGUGCGCGCCAAAGUGUCGCCGAAGUUCGGCGUCGGCGUCAAGAUCAACACGGCCGACUUCCAGAGAGGCGGCUUCGAUGUGGACGAUCUCUUCUGGGUGGCCAAGCAGUUGAACAACUACCAGCUUGAUCUGCUGGAGAUUUCUGGAGGCAACUAUGAAUCACCGGUCAUGGCCACGGGCGUGGCACAGGACGACAAGGCCUCUAGCACCGCUCGACGCGAAGCAUACUUCCUGCAAGUGGCCGCGCAGCUCAAAGACGUCGUCCAGAUGCCCGUUAUGGUCACGGGAGGCAUCUCCCGCAAAGCCGUCGUGGAGGAGGUGGUCGGCACGGGCACCCAACUCAUCGCCGGCGUGGGAACGGCCAUGGGUCUCGUCCCGGACUUGCCCAACCGGUGGGCCCGUGGCGAAGACCCCGCGCCUGCCCUCUCCCGCAGCAGGAUCCUGCCAAAGCCUCUGGCUGCGGUGGCCAAGACCUCGUGCGUCCAAGUGAGCUUCCACAUGAUCGGGCGAGGCUGGCGGCCGUGGAAGGGCGUCUGGCCCGUGCUGGCGCUGUUAGUAGUGAACGCGAUCGAGUCGAGGCAGAUGAGGGUCUACAAGAAAUGGGUGCAUCAACAAUUUGGACAGAAACACAAACACCUGUGA